GAGCUGAUCUCAGAUCAGCGCUCAACCCCCGCUCUUAUUCUGAAUGACUCCAUUUUGAGCGAGGCUGUUGUUUGCGUAGACGUGAAAUCUUCACCAGAGAAACAUUAUACAGAGACGAUGAGCGGUUGUCGUAUUUUCAUCGGUCGGUUAAACCCCUCCGCUCGAGAGAAGGACGUCGAGCGUUUCUUCAAGGGUUACGGAAAAAUCAGAGACAUUGACCUGAAACGAGGCUUUGGUUUUGUGGAAUUUGACGAUCCGAGAGACGCCGAAGAUGCUGUCUAUGACCUUGAUGGAAAAGAGCUCUGCAAUGAGAGGGUGACCAUUGAACAUGCCCGUGUCCGUCUACGUGGGGGGCGGGGUCGUGGUGGUAGUAGUAGUGGUGGUGGUGGUGGUGGUGGUGGUGGAGGAGGAGGAGGAGGAGGAGGAGGAGGACGUUUCCCUGGCCGGUACAGUCGUGGCUCUCAGGACAGCCGAAGGAAUCCUCCCCCAAUGCGCACUGAGAACCGUCUCAUCGUGGAGAAUUUGUCCUCUCGAGUCAGCUGGCAGGAUUUGAAGGAUUUCAUGAGACAGGCCGGGGAAGUUACUUUUGCAGAUGCCCAUCGCCCAAAGCUCAAUGAGGGUGUGGUCGAGUUUGCUUCCCAUAGUGAUCUAAAAAAUGCUCUGGAGAAGUUAUCUGGGAAGGAGAUCAACGGCAGGAAAAUCAAGCUUGUUGAGGCAACCAAGAAGAAAUCCAGGAGUCGCUCCCGUUCAAACAGCUCAUCCCGCUCUCGUUCUCGUGGACGCUCCCCAUCGCGAUCCCGUAGUCGCUCCCGAUCACACAGUCCCAAAUCACGUAAUCGCUCCAGAAGUCGCUCCCGAUCCCCCAGCACUUCUCCUGUGCGGCCCAAAGAAGUCAAGGGUGGAUCACGUGCCGAAUCUGCAUCGCCACCCACUCCGGUGCCGCGGCCACCACCGUCUCGUUCCCCUUCCACCGACAGUCGACAUUAGGCGGUGAUGUGCUUUGAGCUUAGAGAUAUGUUAGAUUAAGCUCUGCGAGAGAUUGGAAAAGGUUAUUGCAGCCAUAUUGUCCGAUCUAUGGUCCAUUUAAGUCCUAAAGGUUGAGGGUCAGCCUCUCUCCAUGAUAGAAUUAGGUGGAAGUUCACAAAACAGGCUCUGUUGAAAAUUUUAAGGCAUUUGACAGAUGGUGUUUGUCACCACUCUAAAAUGUACAGCUGUCUUGUUUUUUCUUUUCUUUUCUCUAAAAGUUGUGUUUAAAUGGUUGAAAUGGGUUGUUUGUUAUUUUUCAUUACUGAGUGAGGUCCUUUAAAUUGUCUAAACAUAUUUAUGGGUAAGCUGGUAAAUGUGGUUUUGGAUUGUUUCAAGUAAGCUUGGCUGAAAUUUAUGUUGUUUAUUUGGGGAUUUUGGAAUAAAUAAAAGUGUGUUUCUGAACAUUGUUAACAUCAAACUUCAUGGCCCAAAAUGUCAAUUUCUGGUGACAGAAGAGCUACUAGGUUGAGCACAUUCAUGUAUUUACAUUUAGUGUACAUUUAGUCAUUUUUUACAACUGUUACCAUGCAAACACAAAGUGAUGACAGCCAUUUCCAGUACAUUGACUGGCACUUAACAUCUUUGUCAUUUUACAGUUUAUGCCAUUCAGGUUAGCUAAGUGCAUGUUCAGAAGCAUUCAUUUGUUUUUCUUUCACUUUUGUUAUCCUACCCGAGAAUUGUUUGUAACAUGAAUGCACAAGAUAUAAUCUCACUUAUCAACUGUUGCUGCAUGAGUACACAUUUUGAUAUUUGUGAAAACUCUUGUAUCAUAAACAACCCUUUUCAUAUAUUCUGAUUGAAUAUGCACAAUUAA